AUGCCAAUCGAUAUGUGGUCGCUUGGAUGUAUUUUGGCUGAGUUACUUACCGGCUAUCCCCUCUUGCCAGGGGAGGAUGAAGGAGACCAAUUAGCCCUCAUAAUUGAACUAUUGGGAAUGCCCAGUUCCAAACUUUUGGAGGGUGGAAAAAGAACAAAAAACUUUUUUACUUCCAAAGGCCAUCCUCGUUAUUGUCAAGUAACACAAUUAAUGGAUGGAACUACUGUUUUAACUGGUGGGAGAUCUAAAAGAGGAAAAUUAAGAGGCCCUCCAGCAUCUAGAUCAAUGCAAAAUGCUUUAAAGAAUCAAGCAGAUGAACUUUUUUUGGAUUUUUUAAAGCAUUGUUUGGAUUGGGAUCCAGAUGCACGUUUAACACCGAUGCAAGCGCUCAAACAUCCUUGGUUACGUAGAAGGCUACCAAGAGCUCCAUUGGGUGGAAAUGGUGGGGGAAUUAUUUCUGGUAAUGGAAAUGGUUUAGAUAAUUCAUUAACUAUAAGUUCUGGAAUUUUAAAAUAAAUUUUGGGUAAUUAAUUAAUUACACUUGUCUGUAUUGAUUUUUGUUAUUUAAAAAUGUUUGAUUUUCUUUUUGUUUUUAAGGCAAUUUUAUCUAUUAAUAUAUUUUAUCUACUAUUAAAUUUUCUUCUUUUUUCUGCAAAAAGAUUUAUGCAAAAACUUAUCAAAAAUAAUUUUGUCGGGCAUUUCUUUUGUUUCCCCCCUAUUUUAAAUUUUUGUUUUAUUUUUAUAUAUUUGUAUUUUUGCUUUUUGA